AGCUAGAGCUAUUCAAGAGAGAAGAGAGAAGGAGAAAUCGCGUUGUAAACACAAGUCACAUCAGUCCAAAAUUUGUGCUGAAUCUAGCUGAGCAACCUGCGACUAACGUCAAUUUAGUUCCUCCAUCUGCUUAGUACUUUGCUUUCAAUUGUUAAAAUGGACGUGUUCCUGGUCAUUCGCAGAAAAAAGACAACCAUCUUCACAGACUGCAAGGAUAGUGCGACAGUCCUGGAACUCAAAAAGAUUGUCGAGGGUAUCACAAAGGUGCCUCCAGCAGACCAAAGGUUGUACACAACCAACUCUGCUAUCAUGGAAGAUGCCAAAACUCUCCAGGACUACGGGUUUAAUGCUACCACUUCAAAGGCCCAGAAUCCCACUUCCAUUGGACUGACAUUCAGGUUGAGUUCCGGAGAGUUCGAAGAUUUGGAACUGUGUCCUUACUCAACUCCACCUGAGCUGCCUGAUGUAAUGAAGUCGCAGGAUGCUAAUGGACAAGAACAAGCUGCGUAAAUCGUAUUUAAACUUCGAAUUCCCCUGCUUUUGAUAAGUUAAAUUCAUCAAAAAAAUUGUUAUCAAUAUUUAUUAGCAGCUUGAUGAGAUGCAAGGGGAAAAUUUCACGGGAAAGUGCUUUUCAAAUUUCAGAUCCAAAUUUUACCUGUUUUAAUCGCUUCAGAAGUAAAUUUCUCAAUAUGUUUAUAAUUUGCAUUUUACGUUUCCAGUAAUAUUCACCUUCUCUUUGAGAACACACGAAAAUAAUAAUAGAAUUGACACGAAUUGUGGUCAUAUUGGUGUAAGCCUGAUGUGUUGGCGAUUGUUAGUUAUGUAAAGGAUGUCGGUCAAUACAUUCUCAAAGACAAAAAUUUGAAGACCAAUGAAUGAUUUGAAGUCGUUGGAUCUUUUAAAUUGUUUCAACUAUUAUUAAGGUAAAAUGAGAUUUUCAGUGGUCUGGCUAAACAAACUAAUUACAAUAAAGGAGUUUCUUACAUCAUCA